AGGACCUUAGCUUUGUGCAGCCAAGUUUCUUGUGCUGACUGACCUGGUGUUACUGAUCCCUCGUAAUACCUUCCUGUUGGAAUCCUACCUAACUUUGGACUGCUUUGCUGUGUUUGACUUCGGUCCUACCUCAUGAUCCUGUGAUUGGACCACAUGCCCACCUGCUGACUGCCUUGGUGUGCUUGACCUCAGCUUCUCCUUAUGACCCAGUGUUUCUGGAUUGCGCUGAGAUUUGACUGCUACAAGACCAAGGCAGGGCAAGAACCGUAUCUGGAAAAUACCACCCCAAAAUGUAGUUGAAGAAGUGACCAGGAACCCAGGCAGUUGGUUGGAGACAUCUGGGCAGGAUUGUCUGGAUCCAGUGGAUCUUUAGUGCUUUUUGUCCAAGGAGAUCCCAGGUUCCAGAUCUGAGCAAGACAUGGUGAAGAAGACAGUUUUAUUUCAGUAGGCAUUUUAAAUCUUCCGGCGAGCUGACAAAAAUGAUGAUGGGAAAUUGUCCUUGGAGGAAUUCCAGGCUUUCUUUUCUGAUGGAACUCUUAAUGAGGAAGAACUUGAAAAGCUUUUCCAUACCAUUGAUUCUGACAACACCAAAUUAUUUUUCCGACCACAUGGGAGAUUAUGAAGAUGUUUUGGCUUCCCUGGAGACACUCAACCUCUCCAUUCUGAAGGCUAUGGAUUAUACCAAGCGGGUGUAUGAAAGAGGAACCAACGUGGACCAGUUUGUAACCCGUUUCCUGCUGAAAGAGACAGCCAAUCAGAUCCAGUCCUUGCUCAGCUCCGUGGAAAGUGCCGUUGAUGCCAUUGAUGAGCAAACCAGUCAAAUAAGGCAAUUCCACAGUAAAUCUGGCCACAGCAUCAUGGACACCUGGUAUGACAACCCUGUGCCUAAUUAUCCCCCCAAUAACAGAAUCAUAACCAAAGAACGCAGGAAAAGUUUCCAGACUGCAUCUUCAGACACCAAGGAGGAAGGCUUAGAAGCUCAGAUCAACAGGUUAGCAGAGUUGAUUGGAAGGCUGGAAAACAAGACUCUUUGGUUUGAUCUGCACCAGCGACUGUCAGACAGUGAAAAUACAGCCUGUGCAUAUCUUCUUUUGGUACGAAAUGAGAUGACUGUUUCCCAGAAGCACCUGGGGGAGUUCUGUGGCUCCCUUAAGCAGUACUUGAAGAAUGUGGCAGGAGAAAGGGACUGUUUUCAUGUGACUGCAGUGAGGCUCCCUGAUGGAGUCACUUUCAUUGUCUACGAGUUCUGGGAGACGGAGGAUGAUUGGAAGAGGCACCUCCAGAGUCCUGCUUGCAAAAGCUUCCAGCAUGUGAAGGUGGACACACUGGUUCAACCUGAAGCAGUUUCCAGUGUGUCAGUGCCAGCUGCUUGGUGCACCCUCAACCAAGACUGACUUGGGGAAGACAGAGCAGCAAGGGGCAGGCUGGAGCCUCCCCCUAUUCACCAGGCCCACUCAGUUGUUUCCGCUGUUUUUGCAGAGAACAAAACCCCUGUCUUUUCUAACAACUUUGUUACAGGUGUUGUCUUUCUCCCCCCCCCCCAAAAAAAAAAAAUUCUACCUUGGAAAUAGUAUUUAUUUGCUUGCUAUCUGAUGUGAAGGAAAAACCAAAAAAUCCAACUCAAAGACUCAUAGCUUAUCUACUGGCUCUGCCAGGCUGGCCCAUAGUCCCUCCUCUGUGCUCAUCCUCACAAAGGCCCAUCAUCUAUUGCAGACUCAUGGUAUGACACACAUACACAGUCCUAGGCAAGUGACUGCAAUUGAUGGCAUAGAACUACUGUUAAGCUUGUCGGAUAAAUUGAUAGGUUUCCCUGUGCAGGCAUCCUGGUAGUCCUCCUUCAUAGGCAAACUGUGUUUUCAAAGUAAUGCUCUGUCCAAUUAAUGGAACUUUACAGUUUGCUCUCAUUCAGCAGGAAAGCAGAGAGAGUGCUGGGGGAGCAAGAGAUUCUCAAUCUCCUGUGGAACUGACCACUCCCUAUGGCUUGCUGGUUUAUGGGUCUACCACUAUUAGUUCUGCUGCUGCAGCCAUGUAGCUAUUAUAGCAGUCAUCAUGUGGAACAGACAGAUAUGGAAUCUGUUUGUUCUAAGGGAUCCUCUCUGCCUCGCACUGAACAGAGCCAAUAAGCCAAAUUAUGCCAUCCUAGUGCACAUACAGCAAGCCAGUGGCAGUAGCUAUGUGGGGCCUUUACACUAACAUUCCCCUUGAAAGAACUGAGAUCCCCCCCCCAUCAUGAAAAAUUGAGAACUUUUUGACCACAGGAAAUUGCCUUAUAAUGAACCAAAAAACAGGUCCAUCUAGCUCAAUAUAGUUAACAUCAGGGGUUCCUAAACUGGUUUGUGGACCACCAGAGGAUCCACGGGCUUUGUUCAGGUGAGCCAUGGCAUGUCUGCAUUAAAUAUACAUACUAAUUUUAAUUGCAUUUUUAUUGCAAUUUAUAGUGUAUUACAAUAUGAAUUCUGUAGAAUUUAUCUUUAUGUAAGAAAUAAAAGAUAGCAAUACAAAUACAAUUUAAAAAUCCUACAUUAUAUAGCACAGUGCAUUACAAUUACUGCAACAAGCAGAAAAAUCACCAAGUGGUCCACCAAGACCCUCAGCAAUUGUCAAGUGGUCAGUGGGGGAAAAUGUUUUGGGAACCAUUGAUCUACACUGGCCGGCAGCGGCUCUUCAGGAUUUCAGGCAGGGGGCAUUCCCAGCUGUACCUGGAAAUGCUGGGGAUCAAACCUAGAACCACCUGCAUAGAAAGCAGAUGUUUUACCACUGAGCUAUUGGUCUCCACCACCACCCCCAAGAUUGGUAAUAUCACUAAAUCAACACAAAAGUAUUCCAAAUAUGGCAACAAUACCACUUCUGAAGAGAGAGAGCGCCAUCAGCCACACAACUGAAUAUUUUGCUGAACCGCCACAUUUGCUUGCUAGAAUCCUAGGUAGAGAUGGGGGAGAGCAUUUGAAAAGGAGGAAGCUUGAAAAUGUUACCCCCCCCCUUGCUCAAAUAAAAUGGCUGCAAUGCAAGGUCAGGCACAGUCCCACUUUAAUCAGGGCCUGACUCAUAUUGGGGCUCUCAUCCCAAUACUUUCUGCCUUGCCCAAGCCAAAGAAACACUAAGGUGGCCCUUGGAGACCACUCCUGUGUUACUAGGAACUUUCCACUGCCUGCCAUCUCAUCCUUCCCCCCACAGAAAGCUUGUGGGGAGGCUUCAGGAACUGGAACAGUGGCUAAACUGGGAUUUUUCAAGUGUUCAGCUCAAAAUCUUUCAGUAUGAACAGCCCAAAAAAAUUUUUCAAGAUAAAAAAAGAGAGGCCCAAGUAGCAUCCCUAAUCCUACAGGUUUGUGUUUUUUGAACUACAAUAUGUAGAUUUCUUGAGUUGCACUUAAGUUGUACUUACACAACAUGUUUGUUAUUGCAAACUCAUGAUUUCUCCUUUGCAACAUCCACAAAAAGGCAUAGAAAACUGGGCAAAUUUACACUACACUUAAGGUGGCUGAAUAGCCAUUCCUAUUCCUCAAGGAACCUUGAGAACUGUAGUUCUGUGAAGGAGAGGUGGUAGGGAUCUUUGUUUGAGUUCGGGCAAGCACAAUUGAGGUAAGUAGAACUUGCUGCAAAGAGGUCUCCACUGCCGCACUACUAAAAAUGGUGGAAAAAUUUGAUUCCCUUCACAUUUAAAGGCAAACACACCAAAUUUGCACUUUGUGUGAACUGAAGCACAGCCGUCUUUCAAAAUUUGCAUUUCUCUGAAUUUUGCAAUGCAAUUCCCCAGCCAACUAAUGUGUCCAAAAAUUCAUUAUAUUAAUGUAACAUGUGCAUGAAAAUGCAUAUAUUAGUGAAAAAUGCAAACUGGCAUUAUAUUAGGGGAAAUUGCUUCGCAAAAAUGUGUGUAUUAGGUAAAAUUACAUAAAAAUGUAUACAUUAGGAGAAAUUCACACUACUGAAAACUUUUCAUGGGGACUAUUUUUUUAAAAAGCAAAUUGAUGUGGAAAUGCAAAGAACUGAACUUAAGGUUAGAAAAUAGAAACAGAGAGAAACCAAAACUGACAAAUUUAUGAAAAUAACAUACAAACAUGCAUUGUAUUGAGGAAAACUGAUUGCAAAAAAAUUGCACAUUAGAAAAAAAAUACAAAAAAAUUAUGCACACCAAAAUGAUAAAUUUUCAGGAGGUCUUUUUAAACACAGACACACAAACUGAUGUAGAAAUGGGGCAAACUGAACUUAAAAUUGGGAAAAAGAGAAAGUGAAAUUGGUAUUCCCUUAUGAAAGAAAUAAAUCACUUCCUCUUCUGGGAAAAACUGCCUUGCACAGAUACACCCUUACUAAUAGACUACUAGGAUUUCUGGAUGGCAAUGGGAAAAGAUACAGGUGUGUGUGUAUGUUUCAGAAGAUCCAGCUGUUCUGACUGGGUCUGGUGGGAGCUGUAGUCCAAAACAUCUAGAGGGCAUCUGGUUGGGAAAGUCUGAGCUACUGUUUAAGUGGUAUCUUCUUUAUACCAGUAAUAACCAUGACUUCCCACAGAUAAUUUUGGGAACCAUAGUUUGAUGAUGGUGCCACGAUUUUUCUGUGAGAGGUCCUCAGCAUUACCCCACCCAAAUCAAACAAUUAUACCCGGGUCCCAUGAGGUCAGGAAAUGACUCUAAAUAGUUUAAAUCUGUAACACGAAAACAUCAUGUUCCUUUUCAUUACAGAUUUCCCCCUAUUCCUACCCUUCUCUGUCCCUUUCCUUUCACUUUGAUGCCAGUGCAUGAAUUGGGGGGGGGCAUCAAUGUAGUUAGAGAUUUUUAUUUAUUUAUGCUGUAAGUAGCAGCACUGAGUUACUUUAACAACUUAAGCAUAUUUUCUUUUUUGAAGAUUCGUUUCUAACCAGGACUCAA